CCAUUCUGCUCAUCGUCCCUCCCAGAUCUCAGUUUCCCUUCCAUCUCCCACCUUCAGCGGUAGGUGACGGAUCUAGGAUCCACCUCUCUCAAUCGUGUAGUAUUCCCCGGCAUCUUCUGCAGCCCUCUAGUAUACUUGCUACCGCAGGCUGUAUCUACCGCUAGAGAAUGGCUUCAGGAGAAGAUAUCCCGGCGGUUGCGGAAGACAACUCUCAGAUCGACGCAACCGAAGCUCCAGACGCCGGAAAUUCAUCCACUGACAUUGCCGAUUCAGCUGCCCUGGAAUCCGCCAACACGGGCGACGACCUAUCGAACGCAUCGGGAUUCGAACCCGCGAUCGGUCCCGAUGGAGCCGAUUCCGGCUUUGCCCCAGCGGACGUUCCGGAGCUCGCGGCGGUCCCGGAGAUGGGGGCGGAGCCGGUAAAGACACAUCGCGAGUUUUAUUUCAUCAGAAUUCCGCGCCCGGACCUGUCGGCGGAGAUCGGCAAGAUCAAGGCGGUGGAGCAGCGCGUGAAGGAGAAGCGCGACAAGCAGCAGGCCGUUAGCGCCGCCCUCCGCGCCAAGAAGGCGCAAUGGUCGGAGGCCUUCGAGGCGCUCAAGGCGGCGCGGGCGCGCGCGCGCGGGUGUUCGCAGGACGUGCGGAGCAAGUUCGACGAGGCGAAGCCGCUGCAGGGCGUGCUGCGCAAGAUGAACGAGAGCAAGGCCACCGCGCGCGACCGCGGCCGCGGACUCGAGUGCACCUCGGAGGCGCAGCUGAACGCGCUGAUCGCGGCGACGGAGCACCGCAUGCAGCACGAGACGAUCUCGCUCAAGGAGGAGAAGCAGCUGAUGAAGGAGCUCAAGGAGCUCGAGGCGUCGCGCCCCAAGGUCAAGGAGAUGGAGGCGCUGACCGCGUCGUUCGCGGAGAGCCAGGGGCAGCGCGACUCCAUCCAGGAGCGCCUCAAGCCCAUCAUGGCGGAGGUGGACGUGCUGAAGCUGGAGCGCGACGCGGCGCAGAAGAUCUGCGAGACGCUCGAGGCGGAGGCGGCGGCGCUGGACGCGGAGGUGCAGGCGCUGUUCGGGGAGCGCGCCAAGGCGCAGCUGGACGCUGAUAAGGUUUACGACGAGCUGAGGGCUGCCCGCGCCGCCACAAACAAGAAGGACGAGGAUUUCCGCCAGUACCGCGCGGACCUGGCGACGAUCCAGGAGCUGGCGGCGAAGAAGGACGUGGCGGCGCUGGAGGCGUUCUGCGAGCAGCAGAGGGAGCGCACGCACGCUCGCCUCAACACCGACAGCGCGUACCGCACUGCGUACGUCGAGGCGAACCGCUACAGCACCAUCCGCCGCUUCCGCUCGCUCGACACGCGCAGGCUCGGCGUGGACGAGGACCCCGCGAACCAGCUCGACGUGCCGUCCCGAACCUACGCGCCAGCCUCGGCGCCCGCAGCUUCGGCGGCCGCUGCUGGGGAGGCGAGGGUGGGGAGUGGGGCGGAGAAGAAGGGGAAGGGGGGAGGGGAGAAGGAGAGUGGGAAGCCGAGGGCAGCAGCUGCUGGGGAGGUUGGGGAAGGGGAAUGGGGGGGAGAGAAGGGGGAGGGGAAGGCGGGUAAGGAGAACGGAGUAGUGGUUAAGGCACCGGAGGUGCAAGUGGAGGAGGUGGACGAGGAGGCGGAGAGGGAGAGGCGGCGGGAGGAGGCGAUGAGGAAGGCCAAGGAGGCGGAGGUCAGAAAGGCGAAGCUGGCCGAGAAGGCGCAGAAGAGAGCUGAGGCGCGCGCCGCCAAGGAGGCAGAGGCGCUCGCCAAGAGACGCGAGAAGGAGCGGGAGAAGCGUGCACGCAAGAAGGCAGCAGCAGCGGGGGUGCCAUACGUUGAAGGGGCAGCAGAGGCACCAGCAGAAGGGGACGCCCCUGACGACGCCAACACCGGCGACGAGGCCUCAGCUGCAGAGGAAUCCAGCGCUGCUGCUGCUGCCGCUGAUGGCACGGCGUGGGAGAAGGAGGCGGGUCUGUCGAGGCGGGAGCAGCGCAGGCGACAGGCGCUGGUGGCGCUGAGGAAGAAGAAGAGCGGAUGGCUCAGUGGGAACGUGCUGUGGGCCGUGGGGGGGCUGGCUGCUGUUAUCCUCGUUAUAGUCAUCGCUUACUUUGUGCAGCAGGCACUGUACCCGGCACAGCCCAUCUUCGAGGCCGAGAGCUAGGCUCAGAGAACUCAACACAGAGAACUAGAUACUGCUCAAUGCAGCAGAUGCUGCAGCUGUUGCUCUGCCGUAAGUGCUUACCACAUGUAUCCACUUGCAAAACAGCCACAAUGGUUGUCCUGUUGCUCUUCCAUGGCUGGAGCUGCACCCUAUGCACCACCCAGGGCCCUUUCCAGACAGCAGGAUGGCUAUUCUGGGGGUAACAUGUGGAAUGCUAUGCUGGGCUGGAAGGAUCAGUCUAGAAGUAUUUUGUUUGGACUGCUGGCUUCCUCAUUGCUUUGCUAUCCUAGCAUAUUUCGUGGCGGACUAUUCCGGUUGGCGAUAUCGUACAGCCUGUCAAGAAUAGGGCGAGCAACCCUGCGAACAACACUAUUGUACAGUAGUAUGCCUGGCCAUUUUGUGGAAUGCAGCACCACAGCUUGGGGUGUAUUCCUAUGCACCAGGAUCAGGAUCAAACUUG